UACUUUUGCUGGGUAGAAUUUAAAAUGGCGGCUUAGUGUUGAGGAUGUGAAGUAUGUCGGCGGUCCGGACAGCCCGGGCAUUCAUAGAAAAGGCGAUUAAAGACCACAACGUUGUAGUUUUUUCAAAAACAGCCUGUCCUUUUUCAAUUCUGGCGAAGAGGAUUUUAUCGGAAGUCGGCGUUCAAGAGAUGCAAGUUUACGAAAUUGAACGAAGGGAGGAUGGUCAAGAAAUCCAGGAAGCUUUACAAAACAUCACAGGAAGAGGCACGGUGCCAAACGUGUUUAUUAAAGGAACCAGUAUUGGUGGAGGAUCAGAGACAGCUGAACUGUAUCAGUCGGGAAGACUUAAAGUAAUGCUAGAGGAACAAGGAAUUAUAAAGUGAAGAUUUCCAUCCAUGUGACAUGAUUCCUUUAUGAUACAUGAAAUAACAGGGUGAUGUGGGGCUGAGCAGAAUAUGUUGUAAGUUAUGGAAUUUGAAAUGAUAUUUAGACAGUGGAGAAAUGACAUUGUGUUAUCUCAUAGAACCUAUGUGUUAAUUCCAUAUAAUUUUUAGUGCUGAUGUGAAUAAACUUCUCUAUUUUGAACCUUUAGA